CUCAAGACCACCCGACCCGGAAGGUCAGCAGCCCCCCCAAGUUUUUAUCUUCCCCCAGACCACUCACCUCAACCUUCCUCAUCCUCUCCUCCACUCUAGGACCCGAUCGCCCUACUUCAAGAUGUCUCACCGGAAAUGGGAACACCCUCGACACGGUUCUACCGGAUUCUUGCCAAGGAAAAGGGCUGCCCGACACCGCGGAAAAGUUAAAUCCUUCCCUGUGGAUGACAAGACCAAGCCCGUCCAUCUCACCGCCAUGCUUGGCUACAAGGCUGGUAUGACCCACAUUCUUCGUGAUCUCGACCGACCUGGGUCCAAGAUGCACAAGCGAGAAGUCGUCGAAGCUGUCACCAUCGUCGAGACCCCUCCUAUGGUCAUCGUCGGUGUCGUCGGUUACGUCGAAACUCCUCGUGGUCUCAGAUCGCUUACCACCGUCUGGGCCGAGCAUCUCUCCGACGAGGUCAAACGUCGCUUCUACAAGAACUGGUACCGAUCGAAGAAGAAAGCGUUCACCAAGUACGCCAAGAAGCAUGCCGAAUCUUCUACUGGCUCUAUUGCUCGAGAACUGGAACGAAUUCGCAAGUACUGCACUGUGGUCCGAGUCUUGGCCCACACCCAGAUCCGAAAGACUGGCCUGAAACAAAAGAAGGCGCAUCUGAUGGAGAUCCAAGUGAACGGUGGAAGUGUUGCCGACAAGGUGGACUUUGCCAAGUCGCACUUUGAGAAGACUUUCGACGUCUCCUCGGUCUUUGAACAGAACGAGAACAUCGAUGUCAUUGCCGUCACCAAGGGUAAAGGGUACGAGGGUGUCACUCACCGAUGGGGUUGCAAGAAACUGCCCCGAAAGACCCACAAGGGAUUGCGAAAAGUCGCCUGUAUCGGUGCCUGGCAUCCUUCCAAGGUCAUGUUCACCGUCGCCCGUGCCGGUCAAGACGGCUACCAUCACCGAACCGAACUCAACAAGAAGGUCUUCCGUGUCGGUAAGGGUGGCGAUGAGGCCAAUGCUACCACCGAGUUUGAUACCACCACCAAGGCUAUCACACCCAUGGGUGGAUUCGUCCGUUAUGGUGUGGUGAAGAACGACUUCCUGAUGCUCAAGGGAUCCGUACCCGGAGUCAAGAAGCGUGUCAUCACCCUCCGAAAAUCGCUCAUGACUCACACCUCUCGUCGUGACUUGGAGAAAAUCAACCUCAAGUUUAUCGAUACUUCGUCCAAAUUCGGACACGGUAGAUUCCAAACUGCUGCCGAGAAAUCAGCCUUCAUGGGCCAACUCAAAAUCCGAUCUUAA